AUGGCAAAAGAAAUUGAAGUGGUGCAACGUGAUUUAAACCAGCAAGUUGACAUUAUUCAUGAGGUUGUCACCAAGUUCGUGAAUCUAUAUGAAGCCUUAACUCCACAGCUUUCUGAGUUGUCUACCACAGAAUCUGUUAGUUUUGCUGAGAUCAAUAAUCAAUUCAAAAAGUUGAAAUCUUUAAUAUCGAAGUACAGUUCUUCUCCAUUGAUAACUCCUGAGUUUUUAUCUAAUAAGUUUACUCAAUAUGAAGAUAUUAUUCAUAAACAAUUAGCACCUUUGUCGAGAAUUUCAAGUCUUUUACCAACAGAUGCCCCGCCUGUUGUAACAAGGGUGCAAGGGGGAGAAAGGAAGGUUGGAUUCGGCCGAGAGCAAGAGAGAGGGGAGAGAAGAGAGGUUUUUGAGUUGAUUUGCAUGAAAACAUGA